AUGUUUUUAUUUAUUUUACAUGUUUCCAUUCUAUCAAUCUAAUUAAGCUUAUCUAAUGUCAUUACUUGUCAUUAUGAAAAGGAUGAUUCACAACUUGUAAUUGAUAAUUCAAAGCCAUAACAAAAAACAAUUAACCUUAAAUCUAACUCAAAUGAGAAUGCUGCUAGAGGAUUUGGAUUUUGGUCAAAAUAUAUAGCAACAAUGGAUUUUGAUUCUUAUAGCCAAUAUUCAAGACCUUUCGAUAUUUAUUACUGUUAAAUAGGAUAAUGUAUUUUUAAUGGAUUUUAUUUCAUGAAAAUUCUUGAUUAAAAUCUUGAUAAUAUUGCAGCUAUAAUUCUCAAUAUGAAAGAUGAACCAAUUAGUUUAACUCAUGAUAUACACUUAUUUGCAAUAGGUUAAAAUGAAUAUCAAUUUGCUAAUUUUAAUUUUGAAGCAAGUCAAUAUUAAAAUAUAUGGUAUUAUACAUCAUUCACUUAUUAAGCUUAUGAUCAUAAAUUAAGAAUAUUUACAAAUUUUUAAUGUUAGUUAUAUUCAUUUGAUUAUUAGAUAAUGACUGAUGAAAUUACUAUUAUUUUAGGAGGAUAUACUUAUGAAUUAAAUAAAAAUUAUGUUUUUUAAGGACAAUUAUUAAUUUAUUUUAAAGGAUAUUUUUCACCAAUAUAAGAAUAUGAUUCAUUUGUAUACUCUGAUGAUUUUUAUCAUACUUUAUUUUCUUAAUGUCCAAUCUAAGAAUAGUUAACAUAAAUUAAAAUAUAUGAUGAAAAUAGAUUAAUAGAUCCAGGACUAUCAAUGUAGGAUGAUUUCUUUCUUCUUAGCUAUGAAUAUAAAAUUGUAAAUAAUCGAUUCUUAAUUAAAUGUUGGGUUAAAUAAGAUUAUUAAGAAGUAAAAAUAAUGUAUAUAAUAUUAAGGCUUUUACAUACUAUUACAAUGAAUAUGGUCUAAGAUUCUAAUAACUUCGUUAAACAUUGUUUCUUAUUGAUUCUUUAAAAUAUAUUUUUCAGGAACUGUAGGGGGAUAGACUUAUUACUUUAUAUUAUGAAGUAUUAUAUAAAAUAAAUUAGGUUAAUUUUGAAAACAAUAAUGAAACUAUAAUCAAAUUAUAAUCAGAAUUUACAAAAAUACCUAUUCUAUUAAAUUAAUAUAAUGAUGAGAAUUUAAGAUAAUUUGAUACAGUGAUUAUAAGGAAAGAUAAUUUAUAUGAAUUAACUUAAUAAUGGCACUUUUUAGUAAUAGAAUACGGAAGGAAACCUACAAAUGGAGCAACUUUACAAAUACAAUUAUUUUUUUUAAAUGAAGAACAUUUAAUUUAUAAUUUAGGAACAUAUGGUUAUAACUCUUUGUUUACAGGCUAAUAAAUUAUACAAUAUAUUAAUAAAUAAGAGGAUUCUUAUAUAUAAAGUAGAACAAAAAUUCGUAGUCUUAAAUUUAUUACAGGCUAUCAUUAAGACAAUAAUUAAUAAAAAUUAGGUAUUUUCAUUUAUAUAAUUUGAGAAUGCCAUCCAAAUUGUAAUAGUUGUAUGGGACCAAUGAAAUAUCAUUGUAAAUCUUGUUAAACUGAACUCAAUUAUGAAUUUACUUAAUAUAAUAUUUGUGAAUGCAAAUAUCUUACUUAAUUAACUGAAUUACAAAAAUGUGAACUUAUUGAAAAUGUUUAAUAAUUAAUAAUUUAAUAAGAAAAAAUAGAACAUUAAUGCAAUUUUGGAUAUUUCUAAGUAAAAUAUAAAAAUGAGAUAUUUUGCAUUGAAUGGUAUAAUAAAUCUAUAAAAUAAUUAGUCCAAAAUAUAAUGAAGAGAAAUUAUAAUGUGGGGAUUGCUAUCAUAAUUAAUUUACAUGGUAUAUGAAACCAGUUUGUACAUUUGAUUAUAUAUAAUAAUCAUCAGAAUAUCCUUAUAUUAAAAUUAAUAGAUUAAAUAUUAAUAUAGAUGUUUAUUAUUUAGACGAUCAAUUUUAAUUACAUAUACUUUAAGGAGCUGCUGAUAUAUGUGAUGACAGUCAAUUAGAUUGCGAAUAUAGUAAAGAUUAUCAUCUAGGUUAAUAAAUUAGAAUGAUAUGCAAAAAUAAUCACUUUUUUUCAGAUAAUUAAUGUUAAAUUUGUGAUCCAUAUUGUAUUGAUUGUUAAUCUAAGGAUAUAUGUCUUAAUUGUAUUGAUACUCAUUACUUUAAUAAACUUACUAAAAGAUGUUAACUUUGUCCUUUUGAAUGUUUAAGUUGCAUUAGUGAGCAUAAUACUGAACUUGGAUAUCGAUGCUUAACUUGUAUUAAGUAUUAUACAUUGACAAAAGAUGGAACAUGUCAAAAUUGUGGACUUAAUUGUGAAUAUUGUCGAGAAGAAUAUAAUAAAAACACAUAAUAAUAUUUUUUAAGAUGUCUAAAAUGUUUAUAAGAAAAAGUUAUGGCUAUUAGAUUUGAUGGUAUUACUUGUAUAGUUAUUGGUAUUGAAAAUUGUCAAUAAGUUAUGAUUAUAUCAAAAUCUAAUAAUUGGGCUUAUUCUAAUUAUGCUUAUAAUUUUGAACCUACAAAUGAUUUUAAUGAUGAAUUUCCUAUUUGUGGAUUAUGUGAAGAAUAUUAUGGAUAUGAUACAUAUUAACAAAUUUGUCAAUCUUAUUAUUAUGAUCCAAUGUGUAUUCAUACUUAUUUUUCUGAUUAUUUAUAUAAUGGUGCAAUUUACCCUUAUUAACAGAUUUGUCUUGUGGGUAAAUUUUAAAAUAUUCCUGCAACUUAAGGAGAUUAGUGUACAGAAAAUAUUCCUAAUUGUAAUAUUUGCUUUAAUCAAUCAUAAUAUACUCCUUUUUAUUGUAUUGAAUGUAAAUAAGGAUAUUAUUCAGAUCGUUUUUCUGGAUAAUGUUAUAAUUGUCCACUAUCUUUAAAUUGUAAAACAUGUUAUCAUUCUAUUAUACAAUUUAAUGAUGAAUGGAAAGUCAAACUUAAAGUUAUAAAUUAAGUUUUGAAAUAAUAAUCAAAUCCAAGAUAUUUUGUAUUAUAAUCAUUAUUUAUUUUUAGUUUACACAAGAUGAAAGUAAUAAUCCUUAAGAUUACAAAUUGAUAUGUUCUUCAUGUAAUGAUGGCUUUAAAUUAUAUGAUGGAAAAUGCAUAAAAUAUUGUGAUUCAAACUGUUCAAAUUGUUAAUAUUAAGAUGGUUAAUAUUAUUGUUUUUAUUGUGGAAAAAAUAAUUAUCAUAAUUUAUUGAGUUUAAUUUAAUAAAAAUGUUCAGAUUGUCCUAGUUAUUGUGAAUUUUGUAGAGAAAGAACAUAAGAUGAAUUGGUAACAUUAAAUUCAAAUUAUAUGUUAAAUGAAAAGAAUGCAAUUUAUUCUUAUUAAUGCUUAAAAGCGUUUUCCUUUAAUCAAGAUCUUUAUUAUGAUUAAAUUUUUGGAUAAUUUAUUCCUUGUUAAAAUUCAAUUGGUUGUGAAAAUGUUCUUAAUUAUGAAAUGAAUUUAUACUGUUCUAAUGAAGAAUAUUAUAAAACUCUAUCAUUAAUUAGUAAUUUAGAUUAAUAAAAUCAAUUUAAAAUGAACAAUAUACUAUUUGAUUCACUGUUAUAAUCUAAACCAUAAUAAUCUAGUUUUGCUGAUGUAAUAAUUAAUUAAUAAUUUAAGUUAGAAGUUGAUUCUAAAUAUGAAAUUAUGAAUAAGAAAUUUAUUAGAAAAAUGAGAAUUUAUUUAAUAUCCAAUCAAGAAUAAAUUUGUUCAGUUAAUUAAAUAAGUUACAUUUCCUAAAAGUUUUCCAAAUUUGUAUUUAAUUUAAUGUAAUUAUAUUCUUAUAAAAAGUGAUGUUUAAUUAAUAAUAACAUCUAAAAUUGAAAAGCCUUUAAAAAUAAAAGUUUAUUAAGAAUUACACUUUUUAGAUUUUUCUUAUUUAAAAUUUGAAAAUAUUUAAUUUGAAAUACAAUAUACUACUAACAUAAAACUUAUUAGUAUUUAAGGAUUUAAGCCAAUAACCUUAUAGAUGGAAAAAAUUGAUUUUUUACCUUCAGACCAGAAACAACCUUUUUUAUUCAUUUUUCAAGGUAAAUAAAUUUCUUUGAUAAUGUUUAAUUUAGUUAAUCUUUAAAAUUCAUUAUUAUAGAAUUAAAAUUCAUAAAGUAUUUUUUAACUAUCAUUUCAAACAUCAAAUGCAUAAGUUCAAAUUAAAAGAUUUUCAAUCUCUAAUUGCAUUUUUUAAAAUGUAAGUCUAUUUGAAUUUUCUUCAAGUCAACCAAUUUCAAUAGAAUUUGAUGUAAUUAAAAUUUUUGCCAAUUUAAAUACAUGUUCUUUUUUGAUAACUUCAAAAAUCACAGAAAUAAUGACUUUAAAUAUUCAAAAUCUAUUGAUUUCAGGUUUAAUGUAAAACUCAUCACCUUUUAUAACAUUAAAUAAUACAUAAAUAGCUAAAAUAGAAAAUUUAACAAUAAAUGAAAUGAAAAUGAUAGAUUCCAUUUUUAUAUAAUUUGAAAAUUAUGCUGUUAUAAAUAAUAUCCAAAUUAAUUAAUGUCAAACUUAAGGAUUAGUUUAUAUUAUCUAUAAUUUUAUACCUAAAGAAAUGAGUAAUCAAGUAAAUUUAACUUACUUUAUUAAUUAAAUUAGAAUAAAAGAUUUGAAUUUAAAUUAUCUCUCAAAAGUAAUAUAUUUAUUACCUUUUCAAUCUUUUUCAUCUUCAAUAGAUAUUUAAAAUAUUCUACUUUAAAAUACCUCCUAAUAUGACCAAAUUAAUUCUAAAAUUGAUUAUGUUGAUUCUUCUAUUAUAAAUAUUAAAUUGUAAAUUGUUAAAAUUAAAAAUUGUACAAUUAAAAGAGGCUUUGGAUUCAUUGAAUUUUUAUUUGAAAACAUGUAACAGUUAGAAAUUAUAAAUUUUUAUGCAUUAUAAUUGAAAAAACAUUAAUUGCAUUAAUUUUAUGAUUGUUCUAAUUUAUAUUCAAGUUUAUAUUAAAGCAUUAUUAAAUUAUCAGAAGUACAAAAUAUUUAUUUUGAAAAUUUUGAUAUAGCUGAUUUUAAUAUUAUCAACUCAGCCCUAAUUUAACUUUAAAGUUACGCUUAAAUAUUCACUUAAUCAAAGUACUAUUUAAAGAAUUUUAUAAUUCAAGAAAAUAUUAUUAUUGUUUCUCAAUCAGAUUAAUUUGCUUCUCUAAUUCAUAUUGAUAGCAAAAUUUAGACUUAAAUUAUAUUAGUAAAUGUAUAAAUUAAAAGAAAUUAAUUGCAUAAUUAUGGAUAAAAUUUAUUCAUAUUUUCAGCUGUAGGUAUUAAAAUAAAUUGUCCUAUUGGAGAUGUAAUAAUUGAGUCAAAUUUAUUUAAUUCUAAUUUUGCAACAAAUUCAACAGAUACUAUAAUAAACAUUUUUGCAAAAACAAUUCUUAUGAAUUAUAUUACAUUUUUAAAUAAUUCUGUUUAUGCCAUAGAUUUACUUUUGAAUAAUAUUGUUCAUAGCUUCCCUAAAGAUGAGAUAGUGAGGAUUGAUAAUUUAAAAAACAUCUUUCCAAUAAUUAGUGAAAUUGGAAAUUCAUAUCUUUAAGCAGAAACUAUAAAAAUUUUUAAUUGCUAAGUAGAAAAUUCAUCUGGAAAAAAUGGAGUUGGGUUUUACAUAAAAGCUCUAAAUACAAAAAUAAUAAAUGUUACUUUUAAAAAUUUGAAAACACAAUUCAAAAAUAAUUAUGAAUAUGGAGCUUGCUUAUUUAUUGAAAUUCCAUUUUAGAGAUCUUAAAUCUAUCUAUCAAAUAUUCAUGUAUAAAAUGUAAUUUCUAAAGAUUACGGUAGCUUUCUUUAUAUAAAAUCAGAUUAUGAUUAUUUGAAUCUGACUCUUAAUAAUCUAACUUUAUAAAGCAGCGUAUCAUCAAAAGGAUCAGUACUUUAUGCAUCCUUUUAAAAAACUUCGAUAUCAAAUUAAUUGAAUAUAUAAAAUAUCAAUAUAACAGAUUAAAAAGCUGCCUUUUAUGAAUACCUUAAAUAGUUAAUCUAUAAUCCAACUAUAUAAAUGAAUCUAAAUAGUAGAAGUUUUUUUUAUAUUGAAAAUUCUGUAAUAAACUUUUCAAAUAUAUUCUUAUCAGAUGCAUAUGGAGAAUCCUUACUUUACUCUAUUGAUUCUGGCAAUAUUAUUUUGAAAGAAAUUAUUAUAUUUAAUGGUAUAAUGCCUAAAUUAAGUUUAUUAUACAUACAACCGAGAAAUGGUAUUGUAUUAUAGAGAUUAUUAUAGAUUUAAAGACUGUGAUAAAUAUCAAAGGAUUGAAAAUUUAAAAUUUGACAUAAUAUGAGAUUUCAGGUCAGAGAUGUUACCUAUCUGGAUUAGUUAAACCUACAAAAAUUUUAAAAAUGUAGUGUUAAUUUGAAAUUCAAAAUAAUAAAUUUGAAAUGGAUGUUGAUGAUGUUGAUAAUUAAGUAAUAGAUUGUUUACAUAAUCAAUUUCUUUAUUCAAAUACUAAUAUCUAACAAGCUAUACUGAUUAUUAAUUAGAUAAAAGAUACUGAUAUCAUUUAGUUAUUUGAUAUCUAUUUGAUGAAUAAUAAUAACUCUUUUUCAAAGAGUGGAAUUAUGUUUUUGGAAUUGAAUAAACAAAAAUAUAAGACUUAUUAAAUUUAUAUUAAUAAUUUAAACAUUAGAGAUAAUUAAUGUGGAUAAGUAGGUUGUAUAUAUUUAAAUUCUGAAAUUUAUAAUUAUAACUACUCAUUCUUUAAUGAAUCUAAAAGAAUUCUAACAUCAAAUUCAGAAUAAAUAUUAGGAUAGAUUAAACACGAUAUAAUUAUAAAUAAUUAUAAAUGUUUAGGAAAUUAAGCAGAAUUUGGAACAUGUUUAUUUUCUAAUUAAUCGAAUGUACUUAUAUAAAAUUCAAUUCUUUAAAGUAAUGAAGCAUAUUAAAUUGGAGGGAUAAUUUAUUUUAUAGGAUUAGAAUCCAAAUUAUUCUUAAUAGAUUGUUAAAUAAUCAAUAAUUAUGCAUAAAUUGCUGGUGCAAUCUAUUUUAAUAAUAGUAUAAGUUAAGAUAUAAAAAGAUUUGAAACAAAUUUUGUUGAAAAUCGUGCAUAUUUCUUUGGAAAUGAUCUUGUUUAAGCUCCAACUAAUUUAUCAAUUACUUUAAAUAACUAUAAAAGUAUUUUCAAUAUAUAUCCUAUCUAUGAAACUAAUGACUGUUUGUAUGAAUAAUUAAAAAUUUUAAAUAAUGAAAAUGGAGUAAUAUUUUUACCUAGUGGAACUCCAAUUCAAAAAUAUUAAAAAUUUAAUUAAAUUUCUUAGCAAUUAUAACCUUUAAACUUAACUUUUAGAAUUGUUGCAUUAGAUAAUUAUUAUUAAUAAUAAUAUAAUUUGAUUAAUUCAAAAUGUGACAUUGAAACUAAAUUAUUUGAUAUAUAAAAAUAAUAAUUUAUUGAAACUUAAAAUCAAACAUUUAUAUCAUAAAAUUCUGUGUAUUUUAAUACAACUACACAUGAUUAUAAUCUAGAUGAUUUGAUUAUUUUUUUUGAUAGCGAUAAUACAAAUAAAUUAUACUUAUAAUUAGCAAUUACUUGUGAUAGUAUUAAAAUAAAAUAAUAUGAUUAAAGCAAUAUAAUUGUAAAAUCAUUUCACUCUAAUUAUAAAUUAUUUGUUAACCUUAACACAUUUUAAUGCAGAAUAGGUGAAAUUAAAUCUUCAUCAGAUAUGUCAUGUCGAGAAUGUGCUUCAGAUUUAGACUAAUAUUCAUUAACAAUUAAUUCAAAUAAGUGUAACAUAAGGGAUGAAUAAACUACUAUAAACGUUACUUCUUUUUAAUUAAAUCUAAGAAAAGUAUUUAAUUAGUCUAUUAAUUUAGGGAUUUUGGAGACCUUAUUUUGAUAACAAUUAAAUUGAAGAAUGCUAUAACUUGAAAGAGAAUUGUCUUGGAUAAUGGGAUUAUGGAGAUAACUCAUGCUUUUUAGGCCAUAUAGGAGCAUUGUGUGAGUAAUGUGAUAAUCAAAAUAUAAGAGGACAAGGAAAAUAUUCAAGCGCUUAAUAAUAUACAUGUGGAUCUUGUGAAAAUAUUAGAUUUAAUUUACUUUAAAUAAUUGGAUUCAGUAUUUGGUAAUUUAUAUGAUUAUUAUUUAAGGACUCUAAUAACUAUCGUUCUUAGUGUUAAAGGGGCAAUAACAACUCAAUAUUAUUUUCUAGAAUCUCCUUACUUAAUUAAGAUAUUUACUAAUUAUUUAUAAAUCAUAAGUUCUUUAACAACAUUCAAAUUGAAUUUCCCAGUCAGUUAUUUCUAUUUUUUAAAUGGAGUUGGGAGUCCGAUACAAAGAAUUUCCUAUUCAAUGGACUGUUUUUUAAGUAUAAAAUUAUGAUAUUUCUUUAGUUGAUUUAUCAUCAAUUGAGAUUCAUUACAUUAGAUUAAUUUGGUAAUUAAUACUUCCAUGCAUUUACUUCUUAAUCCUAGCUAUUUUUUAUUCUAUCCUCAUAUAUUUAAAUUAAAUUAAAUAUAGAGGACCUAUUGUCAUGACAGCAAUAAUCUAUAUGUAUAUUUACUUUUAGCCCAGCUUAAUAGGAUCAUUGAUUGCUUUAGUUUCAAUUCGAAAAAUUUCAGGUAUUUCUUGGAUCUAAGCCAAUGUUACUUAUUAAUUUGAUACACUUGUUCAUAAAAAUUGGGUAUUGACAUUUUGUAUUCCAUUUCUAUCUCUUUUAGGUAUUCUAAUACCAUUAGGAUUACUUUUAGGAUUGUAUAAUUAACGACAUAAUCUUAUUUACAAAAGAGGUAAGAAUCUAUUUGGAUAUCUUUAUUAUGAAUAUAAACCUUAGGCUUACUUUUGGGAAAUAAUAAAGAUUAUUACAAAAGAACUUGUUAUUUUAUUUUUAAUUUUUUAUGAAGACUCAAUAAUCUUAAAAGGUUCCCUAAUUUAUUUUAUUCUAUUAUUUUAUCAAUAAUUAAACCUUAAAUAUUAACCAUUUAAAUCUUAUAGAUUGAAUCUAUUGGAUUAUUAAUCAACAUUGAUUUGUGGGGCUUCAAUUAUAUUGGGAAUAGGACUUAAUAUGGAAUAUGAAUUUAAGAGCAUUUCUAAUGUUUACUUUAUUGCAUUGUUUUUCAUGAAUGCAUUUAUACUUGCUAAAUUAUUGCUUUGCAUUAUAAACGCCUAUUUAAAUGAAAUGGAGGACAAAAUUGAUUUAAUUAAAAAUAAAAUUUAAUCAAUUUUACCUUAAUAAUUUAGGAUCAGUAAAUAAUGUCAUAGAUUGUUGGAGCUAAGAUCAGAAAAACGGAAAAGGGUAAUCAAAAAUUUUAGGAGAUUAAAAUCUGCUUAUAAAUAAUUUAAAUAAUAAUCUAAACAGUAGACUUCUAAUAUAAAUAUAUUUAAUACACAAAGAUUAACGUAAUUAAUAUCAUUUAUAAUUUAGAAGUUAACUUACUGAAAGAGAUCAAAGAUUAAGUUAAUAAAUACUUUUGUUUACAACAUAAUAUAAAUGA